UCAAGUUAUUUUUGCGCGUAGUCUUAUUUUUGUUAUUAAAUAUGAGAUUGUUUAUUUGAUUUUUAUUUUAACAAAAAUGUUUAGAGGAACUAAAACAAAAAGUCAAGAACUAAUUAUUAAUCAGUUAUAUGAAAUAUUUGGAUAUGAUAAGGAAAUAAUUGAAAUAGUAUGCGAAGCUCAAAACUGGAAAUUUGAGGAUUGCAUAGAAAAUUUGGUUUCUUACGGGGAAAAUUUGAAUAAUGAUGAGGAAACAAAACAAAAUAAUAAUAAUAUUAAAGAUAGCUAUGCUACUGCAAUCAAGAAUGGCAAAGAGAAAUUUGAAAGCGUAAUACAUAAUUUUAGUGAAAAUAAAAUUAAUAAUUUGGGAGCAGUUCCUAAACAUCCAAAUGUUGACGAAAAAUAUAACGAAUUAAUAUUGAAUGAUAAAAAAAUUAAGUUUAUUGCGGAUCAUAUAAUUUCUGGACAUAAAAUUAUGGUAUUAAUGCGUGGCCCUCCUGGUUGUGGAAAAUCGUAUUUAGCUAGACAACUUGUUAAAUUUCUAGAUCCUCCCGGAAAAUAUGAUUAUAAAACAUUUAUUUGUAGUGCAGAUGAUUAUUUUUAUGACAUAAACGAUAGAUACGUUUAUCAACCAGAAAAAAUAUCUGACGCUCAUGAAUUUAAUCAAAAAAAAGUUAGAAAAAAAGCAUUGGAAGGUUGGAGUCCUUUAAUUAUCGAUAACACAAAUAUAAAAAUAUGGGAGAUGUUAGUUUAUGUCCAAAUAGCUAUACAAUAUGGUUACUUAAUAGAAAUACUUGAACCUCUUACUCCUUGGCGUAACUCUGCAUCAAAGCUAGCAAUAAAAAACAAACAUGGGGUCACAAAAGAAAAAAUUAGACGGAUUUUAAUGAAUUAUGAACCAGCAACCAAAAAUCAAUUAUUAGAAUUGAUGAAAAAUACAAGAUAUACCUGUUCUUUGCCUCAGUUCAGAAGGUAUCCACCAUUAGAAAUCGAGGAUACAUGUGAGAAAACCAGUUCGCCUGAAAGAGAAUCCUCAAAUGAAAAUAGUGAUUCUCAACAAAUAAUGAGUGAUGAUAAAAAGGUAGAAACGAUUAAUGAACCUAUUUUGUCAUCUAAUUAUGAUAAAAGCAAUAUAAUUUCACACCAAACUGUUACUGAAAACAUUUCAACUAAAAAUAUAAAUCCCAGUACAGAGAAAAGUAAAUUAUGGGAUUCUUUUGAAGAAAAUAUAAAAGAAGAUAAUGUCGAAUCCAAUUGUAUUGUAAAUAAUGGAUCUGAAAAACAAUCUACAUUGAAUUUGGAAACAAAUAAAAACCUUAUUGACUUUGAAAAUGAAACUUCAGAAAAUAUUAAUGAUAGUUGUAGUUCUUGGACGGCUUACGAAGACUCUAACCAACCCAAGCCUCAAAGAAAUGUACAAACAGGAAAAAAGUUAGAAAAUAAGCAUAAUUUACAUGAAAUAUGUGAGAAAAAUAACUUUAUCUUGAACCCAUCAGCUAAAGAAUGGCAACCUUAUGAAAGUGAAAGUAGUCAAUUUUGGAAUAUUCAAAAUAAAAGUUCUGAAAAUGCUUUGAUUUUACCAAAACCACAAAGAAACUUAACAAACGAUUUUUCACCAAAUGAAAACAUUUUUAAAAUUUUAAAAGAAAACGAUAACAAUGGUUCAACGAAUGACGAACAAAAAAAAUCCAAAGUUAUUUUAAAAAGGCACUCUAUUAACUGUCCAAAUGAAAACGAAUCAUUUACGUUAAUCAGACAAAUUUGUCCAGAUAAAAAUGUAAAUGGUUUGUGGGAUCUGUUUGAAAAAUGUAAUGGUAAUGCACAGUGGGUUUUAGAUAUACUAUUAAGAGACGAUACAUGUGUUGAGAGUUUGAGUAACUCUUCAGAAAGUUUCGAUUACCAAUGCAAUUGUAAUCAAGUUCUACAGCCAUUUUCUGAUACCGACCUUACAUCAACAAAUGAUGAUUUAGAACAACAUUCCAAAAAUAAUACUAUGACAGCAGAUAUAACAAAACAAAAGCGCAAUAAAGAUAUUUCGGAAGAAAUGCUGAAGCUUAAACAUGAAAUAGAAAAUCGAGUUUUCAUGGAUGAUACACAAUAUUCAGAACAUGUAAGAAAAAUACGCAAUUUAAAACAUGGUGUUGAAAGCAAUUCAAUUUAUUUCAACAAACCGCAACCCUACCCGGAAAAUCUGCAAGAGGAAAAUGGUAGCGAUGAUUUGGUAGAAACCGCAAAUGAAGAAGAGAUGAUAGAAAUUAAUUUAGGAAAAGAAUUCAUACACCAGUUAGAAAAUAUAUUUGGUGCUCGACCAUCUCCUAAUUUGCAAAAUCUUAAAACUAAUAUAUUUAUGCCAAAAGCUUUAGGAAAACAGCUCUAUGCUUUGUGGAUGGAAUCCAUUUAUAAUCAACUGGAGGAAGAAAAACAAGAAACUUUAAAAAAGGAUGAGGAAUUCGCGAUAUUACUUCAGUCCUCUGCUAAUGUUAGCACAAUAAAUCAAGAAAGUUAUAAGGAUAUUUUGGACAUGGAAAUGGCUUGGUCUGCUUAUAAAGCAAAUCCAGAUAAAUGGAAAAAUGAUAACCCUCAAAAUUUAGCCACACAUUUGGCCCAUGGUAAAUUAUGUGAAAUUUUUCCUGAAAUCGAAAAAGACACACUUUUGCAGAUUUUACAAGCCCAUAACAAUUCAUUAUCACAGACAAUUAAAGCUUUGAAUAACACAGAUGAAGAAGAUUGCUCAGACAUAGUAUUAGAAACAAAAAAUAACUUACUUAAAUUGGCUCAUGAAGAGACGGCAGAUAAAUUAGAAGAAGAUACAAUGUUAGACGCAAAUACUUCCGUAAAAAAAUUAUCACCUGAAGAAGCUAAAAAAGCUGCUUUGAGGGAUUUUGAAGAAUGCCGAAAUUUAGCUGCACACCAUAGUCAAUUAAAAGCCGAAUGUUAUGAAAAGGCUAAAGAAGCUAUACAAAAAGGAUAUUCAGCAGUUGCAGUAUACUAUUCACAAAUUUCCAAUUUACAUAAAAAUAAAAUUGACUUUUAUAACCACAAAGCCGCUAGUUGUAUAAUGGAAGUACACGAUUUAACCCAAAAUAAUCCUGAUUUUCUUGAUUUACACUAUUUACAUACAAUGGAAGCACUCGAAUGUCUUGAUAUAUUUUUGGAUAAUCACAUUUCAAAGUUAAGAAACUUGAAUAGACCUUACAAGCAUAUUUUUAUAAUAACUGGUCGUGGUUUGCACAGUGCAAAAGGAGUUUCAACCAUUAAAAACAAAGUGAAAACACGUUUAAAAGAUAGAGCAUUAAAAUGGAGUGAAGUUAAUCCAGGAUUACUUAAAGUCAAAGUAUUUUCGGCAUCCAAAUUUUCAAAAAAUUCUUAGUAGUUAUUAAAAGUAAAAAUGUAAUUAAUGUUUUAAAUUGUUUACCAAAAUUCUAUUAUUUUACGCUAUUUUUUUACAGUGAAAAUGUACAAUUUUUAUCAUUUGAUUUUAAUGUAAAUAUAUUAAAAAUAUAUUACAAAUUUUUAUAAUAUAA